AAAAAGGACAAAUUAUUUGCGGCCUUGUAAAUUAUGCGAUGAGUUUCGGAGGUUAUAUCGAAGAAGUGACUGUAAUACUUUUGAUUUUCCAUGCUUAUUAUCAACUGUCGCGGUUAAUAAAAGGAAACUGCUAUGAGAUAAUUUAUAUUCAAAUUCUUUCAGGAUCAUCCAUUGUUAUGGAUUUUAAAGUAUUUAAACAUAUUACCACUCAACUGUAUUUUAUCCUCCGCAAGAUAAAUAAAAUAAAUUCUCAAAGUCUUCGCAAUUGCACGUUCAGCCAUAGAUUUAAUUUUACUUACAUGAUGACGAUUCAGAGUAGAUCAUCAAAAGAUCGAAUUCAUCUAUAUAAUUAUCUCUUUCUCUUGUUAACCUUUAAGUUUAUUCCAAUUAUUAUUUCUUUUAAGAGUUAUUAUGCGGUUAUUUGCUUCUAUAUCUCAAAGCCAAUAAAGAUGUUCACAAGGUGCAGUACAGAUUGCUACGUAGUAAACGAAAUGCUGUUAUCUAUCUACUAAUAAGUUGUGCACUAACGGUUUUAUGAAAUAUCAUUUAGCAAUCGAAAUUUAUUAACAGUGAUAUAGUGAUGGACCUGAAUAUUUAAAUCAAUUCCAACAUAGUCUGCAUGUGAGCGGUGGCAAGAUUUUCACAAAAAACUAUUACCUUUUAGGUUUGUAUUCGAUAUCUUUCGAUAAAUUGUUUUGUGCUCGCUAAGUUGUGUAGAUAAAUCAAGGAUAUAAUGACAGGCUCAAAAACCUGGCGACGAAAAAAUCCUCUGCAUCUGCCAAGGAAAUUUAUUAAGUCAUAAAAUAAUACUUCUCAAAUGAUUAAACUUCAAGAAUUCUCAACUGGAUCAGCUUAUUACCGAUACAACUGUGCUAAGUUAAUCACUAAAAAUUUAAGAUUACCUUACCCGACUUCUUUAAUCUCUUCAUAUGCUUGAGAGACAACAGUUGAUGGCAUAAAAAUUUACGAGGGGUUCUUUAAGAAAGCUGCUCUUGAUUAAAAACUAUUAAAAUUAAUCUCGGUAUAUCUCAACUGAUAGACCUUUCCCCAUGGUUAUUUUUUCAGUCAUUUUCUCCAGCAUCUGUAACAACGUUCUACAUAAAUGUUGACGAACAGUCAAAGUGAUGCUUUAGAAAAUCAGUUAAAUGGAUCUGGUGGACAAAACUUCGUAAAUAACAGCAGCAGUUUAAGUUCAUGUGCAACGUCCAAUGGUAAGUUUUAUUAAAACCAACAAUUGUUAUUGGGAGAUUCUGAAUCAAGUUCAAUCCCUGAACCAAGGGACCCAAAGUUUGGUACUAAACUAUGGUUAUCUAAAAAGGGCCUUAAUUGUCCAAUUUGUCAGCAUGAUUUCUGCUUUAGUAUGCUUUUGUGUACUACUGGACAAGAACAAAAUGGCUUUACAGAAAACUCUAUAAAGGCAGUCCGUGAUUUGCAUUCUAGACUUCAUGGUGUUUCACUUGAAUGUACCGUUCUGAGAUCAGAACUUGAAGUUCUUUACAAAGCAUUUAAUUCAAAAUGUCAGGCAGUCAGGAUUUUAACGAAUAAUAAAUUUCAGUCAUCUGAUGGAAAGGGUCAAACGCGAAGUAAUGUUUACGCUUCAACUGUUGAAUUGGAAAAGGAAAUAAACAAACUGAAAAUAGACCUUGAAUUAAGUAAAGGUGCUUUGUUAUCACAACACCAGUCGUCUAAAGCAAAAAUUCAACAAUUGAAUAAUGAAAAUGAAAAUUUAAGAAAACAAUUGGAAAAUUUACAACUUAAAACUGGACAAUUAUUAGAAGAAAAUAUGCAUCUUUUACAGAAAAACACAAUGUUAGUUUGUUCACCUACAUAUGAAGAACAAGUAAAAAAAUCACCUGAAAUAACCAAUUCAGAUAAAAGUACCAAGUUUUAUCUGAAUAAAAAUUCAUUGGAGAAGUUAGCUGAUCAAGACGUUCCACUUACAUCAGAAGGUAUUCUUUAUGUGCUAGAAAAUCAAAUUAAAUCACAAUAUCAUGAUAAAAGAACUUCAUUGCCUGAAAUGAAAACAAAUUUAAAUGAUGCUUCUAUUUCCCAGAAUGGAUUUCAAUUAUUUUUCAGUCGUUUACGUCCACCUAAAUUAGAUAAGAUUUUAAACAUUCAACAACAACAAGAACGGUCUCAUAAAUCUUUUUACAUUGAGAAAGAUAGUCAGUGCGAUUUUAAUUCAUUCAUUCAUCAAAGUCCCGGUAUUCAUGAAAUCUCUAUCCCUUUGAAAUGUUUGUGUGUAAAUGAUUCAGAUGACGUUUGUGAAUGCGCUCGAACUACUGUUAACGUUCAACGACAACUGUUACAGUACAAAUGCCAGCUGUCUGAAAUGACAAAAAAAAUCAAACAACUUGAACUAUCUGAGGAUGCCCAUCGACAUGCAUUAAAAGAACAAUACGAAAAAAACAAACACAUGACUGUUCAACUUACCGGAAUUCUCCCAUACACAUCUGAAGAAUUAUUGAACUCUCCAAAUUAUGCAUUAUCUUCUCAGUGUUCAUCAACAGCAAGGAAUUCAUUUAGAAAAUUCAAUUCUAGAGAAAAUAAUUUAACAGUUUCACAAACAUUAUCCUCUACAGAAUCGUUUCAUAAUUUAUUAUUAUGGUUUCAUAAAAUUUUAAAAUCAACUUCAAUUUCAUUGAAAAGUUUAUCAUCGUCUGAUGAUCAAUUAAUAUUUGAUCAAGAUAAAAAUAAUUAUAAUGUCAUGGAAUCUAUACACCCUAAAUCGAAAUCUCCAACAUAUAUAAAAAUGUCUACUGGUAAUUGUAUGUCGGAAUGUCUUACACUAUACAAUGAAUCAAAUCGAUGUCAAUAUGAUAAAAAUGCUUCAAUAGAUGGAAUUAACAAAUUACGUGAUGUUUCAAAUAAAGAAAAAAUUAGUUUGGCUACAAAACGAAAAAUAAGUUUGAAAAGCGUCAAGUCUACAUGCAAUUCUAUGCUACUACAAUCAGACGAUCUAACUAUAAGUGAUAAACUUAUUACUUCAGAUAAUCAUAUAACGGGAAUAAAUGAUGAACCGAUUGUACAAAAUCAAACAGUUUAUCCACGUAAAGUUUCCAGAUCAUCUUCUAUACAUGCAAAACAACUUAAGUCUCGAUGUCGAUCAAUGGAACAUGUUUCUGAGGAUGAAAAUAUGAAUACCAUGUUACUGCAUCAGCUUUUACUUCAGAUGAACAAUGUUGCAGAACUUAUUGAGAAACAAAAUCUAAUAUGUGAUAAACGCGUUCGCCGUUCAUCUUCGAUCGUUACGUGAAAUUAUUGACAAGUUGUUCAGUUGGUUUCCUUCUCUAAUGAAAACUGAUUAACAAGUAGUUUCUCAUUACUUAACUUCUGCAAGACUUUAUGUAUAUCACUUCAUUAUGUGCUAAUAAAUGUGUUCCUUAUACUUGACUCACUUAGUCUUAAAUAUUUUUUGCAUUAUUCUCAUAUUUGCAAUUGACUUUACAUUCAAUCAUUUAUUAUUGCAGAUUUGAUUCUCUUAUGUAGAAAUGAUUCUAGCAUGUAUUUUUAUAUCAAUUCACAUGUUAAUUUCAUUGAGAUAUUAUUCAAUCCCUUAAGAUGAUAUGGUAAUUCAGUGGUGAGUGUUUUACUUCACCAAUCUACAAUGUAUUGACAUUUCGCGUGCACAUGCAAAUUCUAAAUGUGUGUUUCUACUGAAUACUUUUAAGUAGUAUAUAACUAUUUGAAACAAAACAUAUACAGGUUCAUAUACUAUUUUAAAUCGGUACAAUAAAAGUGACCAAGAGGGAAAACAACAGUAGCAGAAAAAACAGGAAGAGGAGGAAUAACUGGAUAAUUCUAGAUUUCGUGGAAUCACUUUAACAUAAUAAGAAUAUAACGGAAGAUUCAACUGAUCAACGUCAAGAAAAUCUUUAAUAAAUAUGUGCAAUAAACAGGCAACUCAGAAAAAGAUACAAAUCAUUACUGAAAACUUAGAAACAAACUUCGGCAGGUGAAAAUAUCGAUAACUGCCUGAUUAUAGAUUAAAUACUUUAAAAUCUGGAUCUUCAUUAAUCUAUGUUUUAUAAGAUUUGUACGAAAUGAUUAUGUACAUAUAUUUUUAACUUGCUUAAAAAAUGAUGGUUGACGCUUCAUAAUUUCCUGCUUUAACACCAAGAUUAUAUUAACUUCAAUAGUGUGGUCAUCUUCAUAUUAAAUUAUCUACAAUAAAAUACUGAUCACAUACAUAUAAUAAUCCUUUUUAGUACUAAUUGCUUUAAAUAAUUCAGCCCACACGAAUUUCA